AUGACUUACCACUUUACAAACGAAUUCCACGAACUUGAUAAGAACUUAUAUCAAGAAUACUUAAGCAAAUUUUACAAUAAGUUCCAUAGACAUAUUGCCUACGGAACUGCAGGUUUCAGAGACGACGCCUAAUACCUUGAGCACGUUUGCUUAAGAAUUGGUGUUUUCAUGGGUCUCUUUGCUAAAGUUGACAACCACAAGGUUCUUGGUAUCUAAGUUACUGCUAGUCACAACCCUAUUAGAGACAAUGGUAUUAAAGUUUCUGACUUUGAUGGUAGUAUGAUUAGAACUGAAUUGGAAAAGUAACUCGAAGUUUUCGUUCUUGAUCCUAAUCUUGACAAUGCAGUCGCUGAAUUAGUAAAGGUUUUGACUGGAAUCAAGGGAUUUGAUAACAAAAACUAAGGUAUGGUCUUUGUCGGCUAAGAUACUCGUCCCAGCUGCCCUAAAUUAGUACACUUGAUUGAAUAAGGUUUAAAGUCAGUUGGUACUCUUGUUAGAAAAACUGGUGAAGUAACUACCCCUAUGUUGCACCACAAUGUCUGGUUCUUCAAUCUCUUCCCUCACAAUUUAACUAGAUCUUCAUGGACUGAAUAAUUCACUGCUAGUUAUUUCAACACCUACUGGACAUUCUUUGAUGAAUUCAUGACUGAAUUAGGAUUCUAAAAGAAAAACGACGAACAUAUUCUUUUGGAUCUUUCCAAUGGUGUUGGUGGUGUUCGUAUCGGUCCUUUCAGAGAAGCCCUUCAAAAAUACUAUAAUUUAGAUAUCAUUAACGAUACUGAACAUCGUUUAUUGAACGAAUAAUGUGGUGCUGAAUUCGUACACAAAUCUCAAGACUACCCAAUUCACUCCAUUGAAAAAAUUAAAUCUUACCCUGAUAUCUCUAAGGUUAGAGUUGUCAGCUAUGAUGGUGACUCUGAUAGAAUCGUCUAUUUCUUACCUAGAUCUGAUUUCAAGCAAAUUGAUUUGUUGGACGGAGAUAAAAUGAUUUCUCUUUUUGCUUUAUACUUCAAGAAAGCUUUAGAAAAGCUCUAAACCAAGGUUGAAGCAGUCAACAAAACUGGAAUCUUAAAUGUCGAUUUGAAGCCUAGUGAAUGGGUUAUUGGUAUGGUUUAAACUCCUUAUGCCAACGGUUCCUCUACCAUCUAUUUAAGAGAUUAACUCAAGUUAACAACUUUCUUCUCACCUAAUGGUGUUAAGAAUCUCCAUCCUAAUGCUCACAAGUAUGAUAUUGGUAUCUACUGCGAAUCCAAUGGUCACGGUACUUUCUUAGUCAAGGAAAAGAAGACUGCUGAACUUGAAAAGUUCUACCAUUUAAGAAUUGAAGACUUCAAGGGUACACCUGAAAACUUACAAGUCUUGAAAGAAUUCCUUCAUGAAGUUAAAUAAUUAUACAGAUUCAUCAGAGUUUAAAACUAGUGUGUUGGUGAUUCUAUUACUAAUAUGUUAUGUAUUGAAGCUGCCUUGGCUACCUUGAACAUGACCGGACAAGAUUACUUAAAUUUAUACACUGACUUAAAAUGUAAAAACAGCAAAGUUACCAUCAGAGAUAAGAGCAAACUUAAAAUGUCUUAUGCUGAAGAUAACGUUUAAGAACCCAAAGAAAUAUAAGAAAAGAUUAAUGCUAUAGUUGCCAAGCAUCCUGGCUCUAGAGCUUUCAUCAGACCCUCUGGUACUGAAGAUAUUGUUCGUAUUUAUGCUGAAUCUGCUGACUCUGCUCAAGUUGAUGCUGUUACUAACGAAAUUAAAGAUAUGAUUCUUGCUGAUAAGACUAUCAAUUGA